GGGGCGGGGGCGUGGCGGCGGGAGGGGGCGCCAUGCGCCAUGUCAUGGAGGCUCAGUGUGCGAGCGGCCAUUGACGGUGUCGGAGCUGUGUGCGGAGCGGGGUGGCGGCUGCGGCUGCCCGCGGCGUUCCCCUCCCCACUCCCGGUUCCCUCCCGGCGGCGGUCGGCCGCCGUAGAUAACGACCCCGCGGUCGGUCCCCCGCCGCGCCCGGUCACCCUCCCUCGCCACUGCGGAGCUGCGGGAGGGGGGGGGGCGAUGGAGAUGAAGAAGCGCAUCAACCUGGAGUUGAGGAACCGGGCCCCCGAGAAGGUGACGGAGUUGGUGCUCGAUAACUGCCGAUCCAGCAACGGUGAAAUCGAAGGGCUGAAUGAUUCAUUUAAAGAACUUGAGUUUCUUAGCAUGGCCAAUGUAGAGCUGACAUCACUGGCCAAACUUCCCACAUUGAGUAAGCUCCGAAAGUUGGAGUUAAGCGACAACAUCAUUUCGGGAGGCCUGGAGGUCCUUGCAGAAAGAUGUCCGAAUCUCACAUAUCUAAAUCUAAGUGGCAACAAAAUCAAAGAUCUUGGCACUGUGGAAGCUCUUCAAAAUCUCAAAAACUUGAAGAGCCUUGACCUGUUCAACUGUGAGAUUACAAACCUUGAGGAUUACAGAGACAGCAUUUUUGAGCUGCUUCAGCAAAUCACAUACCUAGAUGGAUUUGAUCAAGAAGAUAAUGAGGCACCAGACUCGGAAGAUGAUGAUGAUGAGGAAGGAGAUGAAGAUGAUGAUGAUGAAGAUGAGGAUGAAGCUGGUCCUCCAGGAGAAUAUGAAGACGAAGAUGAUGAAGAUGAUGGAGGUUCAGAUUUGGGGGAAGGUGAAGAGGAGGAAGAAGUUGGUCUUUCAUACCUGAUGAAAGAAGAGAUUCAGGAUGAAGAUGAUGAUGAUGACUAUGUUGAAGAAGGAGGUGAUGAGGAGGAGGAAGCAGAGGGCAUUCGAGGGGAGAAGAGGAAACGAGACCCUGAAGAUGAAGGCGAGGAAGAGGAUGAUUAAUUUGUUAUAGACACAAGUAGGACCAGACUCUUAAGUUACAGAAUACGCAAUAGUGAUUAUGCAGAUCUGUAUGUCUCCAUGUACCAUAGAUGUCCCUACAGAAGAUAUGUUAACUUUUUAUAGGAGAAGUGUGGUUUUACUAUUCUUGCCCUUUUUAUCAUUCCAAAUAAGAUAUAAUAGCCUGUUAGUGAACCUAUAUGUAGAAACCAAUUUUCAGCCCUAUAAUCACUGAAGCCAUUGUCAAGUUUUUCCCCCUAGACUUUUAUUUGGAGCUCUUUAAUUUUAUACAAGCUUGCUGUGUUGGUCAUCGUUAGCCCGGAGUUAAAACACCCAUUUCCCAUGGGUUUAAUAUUGUGAAUUUCCAUCAAGAUUUUAAAGUUUUUAUACUUAAAAAGCUGAACUCAAAAAUGCUAUAUGGCAAAUUCCAGUCGCUUUUAAAUGAGAAGUUGACUAUAGUCUGAGUUUACCAGGGAUUCUAUUUGAAAUCGACAACUAGAUUACACCUUUAUUUCAGCUUUUUAAAAGGUGACUCCUGUAAUGCUUUUUUUUUUUUCCCAAGUCUUCUAUCCAUUUUGUGUGUUACAUUGUAAAGCCUCAGUGGGUUUCAGAAGAUCUUUUUUUUCCUGCUCCUUCAGAUGUUCGGUGUUUGGUGGAGUAUUCACUAGAUACUUUCAAGAAUGUAUCUUGGCAAACUGAAAGGGUUGUAAUCGUAAAUUUUCUCCAAAACACACAGUCAUUGCAGGUAUUAACAAAAGCAAAUAAUCUGUAGUUUUAAACCAUUUAGCUAGAAAUCUUUGUUAAACUUUCACUCACUUAGCUCUUGCAUUGUCAUUUUGGGAAUUCUGCAACAAUCGUGGUGUUUGGCUAUAAAAUAUAUGCAUUUCUAAUGCAGAAGUUAACGGGUAACUCCUUCAAGCAUGUUUUUUUUCAAACAACCCCCACCACUUUUAUAGAAUCAUUGGAGGGGACAAGAUGAACAUAAGUUAGUCUUUCUUUGCAGGUCACCUUUUAAACUUUUUAAAUCUGGUUGUAGGCAAAACAUUCAAGUUCAUGUAUAAUACUAGUUAAUAGUUUAGGGUUUUUUAUAUCGAAUGGCUGCAGAAACAUUGCGUACAGUUGGUGGCAAGUACAGGAGACAUGCAGACAAACUUUUUUCUAGCAGCCUGAUUGUGACCAACAGGUCUUAAUAAUUCUGCCCCAAUGGAUUCAUGUUUUCUAUUUGAGCCACUGCAAAACAAGUUCAGACAUACAGCAUUCCUCUUUCAGUCCUGAUUUGGAUUUAAAACAGUAGUCUUGAUAUAAAACUAAUUUGCAUUGUUUCACAUAGGUACUGAACCAAAUAUCACACACAGCUUUAUUCAAGAGACUUAUUUUUAUAUCUGUCUUGGCUGACAAUAGCUGCCAUUAACCUGGGGGAGACACCAAGGGUGGGGAAGAGGGAGAUUUCCUGGACCUAAGUAAGAGUCAGUCACCCAUAGAUCGGUUACCUGUGAAUAUUUAAUAGGUAUUUCACACACUAGCAGACUUUAAAUGUGACUUCCAACUCUUAAAUCAAGUUUAGAUACUGCAGGGUUGAAGUUCUGCAAAGCCCAGUUUCUUGUGUGUGUGUUUUUUUUCCCCCGAAUAGAGCCUUAAAUCAUAGUUUCUCAUGUAGCUGUAAAGCAUAGCCAGCCAUUAAAGGCAUCUGAAUGAAAUGAGUCAGGCAGAUGGCAAUAUACUUGGAAAUGAACUGACUAAAUGGGUUUUGCAUUUUUUAAUGAAUAUCAGUAAAGACACUAGAGAAGUAGUGGUAAAACUACAUUUGCAACCACAAUCUAGGUUCCUGUGUUUAUAUAUGAAUACUGAAUGAAUAGAAACCUUAGGUAAGUGCACAUCCUAUCUUGUCAUGGAGGCUCUGUGUUCAAGGCAGUUGCUUUGUGCUCAGCUUUGAGAUAGAAAAGUGUGUUUUCCCAUCUUUUUGCUUAUUUUUUUUAGCCUCGGUGAAUGAUUGAAACCUGUUAUUUAUAAAUGUGUACUUUAAAGUACCUCAUUGUCAGGGUUUUCCUUAACUGUCUUUUACUGAUGCAUAUAAAAUUAGUUUUAAACAGAAAAAAAAUUUCUAUUUUGAUGGAUUAAAAUUAUUUGAGUACUGGUCUUGUUUCAGUAAGUGAGUCCAAUUUUGACAUUGGAUGAGCUAAUUGGACAAAACAGAAUAAACUCAGAAGGGGUUGGCAGACCUUCCCUAAGACAGGCAGACUUGACAUUUCCUAAAAACACCUUGCAGGGUCAUGCAUCAGCCACUACAUCUAAAAAUCUGAGCCUCACACAAAACUUAACUUCCUAAGUAACUUUGUCUUUUCCUCAGUGUUACCAUCUAAGUAUAGUUUCAUAUUUGUCAGCUUGGCAUGCAAUUAAAUGGCAUAGGAUUUUUUAAAAUAAGUAAUACAGAGCCUCCAGAUAACUUUUGAAACUUUUUUGCUUGGUGGGUGGUCUUUUCAUGCAAAUAUGUAAGGGUGGGUUUUAUAUUUUGUAGAGGUUUUGUCCUAUUUUAAUGCUCUUUGUAUGGCAGUAUGUAUAUAGUGUGUUUCGGUUCCUUAUCAAACUCUUUCCUUAAACUUUGGAGUAACUGAUUUUGUGCAACUGUGUUUUGAAUAAAGCCAUGACAGUGUUAAAUUAAAGAAAACAACCCUGCAGCACUCUUCUGAUAAUUUUUAGUUGUAACAAAACAUGUUUCCUCCCCAUGUGUGCUGUAAAUUUUAAAUUAAAAAGUUUUCAGACCGAAUUAUUUCAAAUAAAUUGAGACUAUUGUAUUGGA